CGUUGAACAUUGCUACACGUUUACCGAUUCGAAAGGUUUUGGCGAAACAUCAAGCCGCGCCGGUGUGUCGCGUGUAGUGUCGCGCACCUCUCGGAAUCUUCUUCUUGUGCUUCGGUGUUAUUCGUACGGCUGCCGAAAGAGCGCCCGCCUACUCUCGAAUCGACAGCUCGAUCGCGGAAGAUCGCGGGAUUUCGGAUUGUUCCGAUGAAAAUUACGAUCAGUGGUAGUGCGUACGUACUAGUACUAACCGAUGAUCGCUGCCAGUACGUGAUGUUCGCGUUGCCGAUUAUAGCGUCCGGCGGAAUUGUUCAUCCGAGGAUAAGCCGAUGUUGAUAAUAAUGUCCGAAUUUAAAUUUUCUGCAAAAAAUAAGAUCUAUAAGGACGGCGCUGUGGAGCUGUUGCAAAAUUUCGACGAGAGCGAGGGCACUCCCAAUUCGUCGGACGACAGCUUGAGCAGUCAGCAACUGCUUCUGGAUUGCGAUAUUUGCGGCGAGCGUUUCACCUCGAAGAAACCGUUGCGCGUACACAUCAACACUCACCUAAGGAAGCUCCGCAUCGUCCUCAAGAGAGUAACAAGUCCGAAGGUGGUGAAGGUGAAGAAGGACACGUACUGGCUGGAUCCAGAGAAGACCGGCUUGUUGAAGUUGACCCUGAAGAAGCAAAGCGUGGCCGAUUCGCUGAAGCUUACCCUGAAGAAGUCCUCGGAAUCGGAAGAUUUCACCGUAGUGAAUAAUAACUUUUACCCGGUCAUUAAGUACUACCAGCAAAGAGACGUGGCAGGUGCUAAGGAAAAUGAUCCAAGAGACGACAAGGCAGCGGAGAACUCGAUUAACGAACCUUUCGAGAACGUGAUGGUGGAUCAACAAGAUGAUUAUGACAACGUCAAGUUGGACACCGACCCUCACAAUCCUCUGGAAGAGAAUGAAAGACCGUCCACAGAUAUCAAUGAGAGUGACUCUGAUGUAGGGAGUGAUAUGGCAAAUCCAUCUGAGAAAGAUGAUCAAAAUGUCGAUGAUACACAUAACACCGAUAACUUUGACAGUUCUGAGAAAAGGCUUUCAGAAUCUGAAGAUCAAGAGGAAACAGACGCUUUGGAAGCGACCUGCAGAGAAACUAUUGAAAACUUGAAAAAACUCGGUGAACAAUCGAGCUCCAGGUCAGCUAGUCAACUGAUCGACAGUUCAUCAGUGGAAGAAGAGGAUGACAGAAGCCAUGAAUCCAGUAUGAUACAUAAUCUCGAGCAGAAUCCUUCCAUCAGCAUUAAUCCAAAGUCUUUCACGUUUACCAAUCAUGCAACUGAACGCACUCCGGUCUGCGACACUGAAGACAAGAACAGAGAAUCAACUGAUACAUCACAAGGUUUCAACUGGAAUCAACUAUCCGAUUUAUCAAGCAAGAGCAAUGAAGACUUCAAUAAAGAAGAUAGUCAACAACAGGGAGACACUUGCGGCGAUGCUAACAUGGACAAUGCCGGAUCGAUUUUACAGAGUUUUCUCAUUGAACAUCAGAGGCGCAAUCCGAACGAGGUGUCGUUAUCGAAUAAUAUGUCGUCCAACGAAACGGCGGAAUACGUGCCCCUGGAGAAGUUGGCGGAGACUGUCAACACAUGUCGUGUCUGCAAUGAGAAGUUCAAAGACAUCGCGCAUCUGGAUGAGCACCGUAGCAAAGCCGGUCAUUAUCAGUGUAAUAUACCAGAAUGCUCCAAUCUCAUCUUCCACUCUACGGUGGAGGUAUCGAUACAUCGGGCACAAGUACACGGUACCUCGCUCUCGCCGAGCAUAAGCCAACUGUCACCUCACCAUUUGUCGAACACAAAUGCACACUUGGGCCAAAUCACACUUUCACCCCAUGCUGUUUCCGCCACGUCUAUGGAGGCAUCACCGACGAAUGGUUCGCAUCUCAGUAGAACUUCACCCUUAACGUCGCCGCAUCAGACGCAUUCACCAACAUUUAAUUCGGCGGUGGCAGCGAGCAGUGCUGCUGGCCAGCAAAUGCAAAUACCCCCGGUAAACUUUGAGCAACUACCACCACCUGUACAGCAACUGGCCCAGCAAGUGCAGCGUAUGCCUCUUCCACAGACGCAAAUGCCCCCUAGUCUUCCUCCAGGAGCCAACACAAUGAUACCUGCACCAAAUUAUUUUGUACAACCACCGGGACGGCCACCAUUGUAUAGAGUACCUGGUCCGCAAGGUAUACACUAUUCACCACACAUGGCGCACUUGUAUCAAUAUGGACCGGGUCCGUAUCCUCAAAUAGCCGCGCCUCCUCCGCAAAUGCAUCCCCAAAUGCCCCAACAAGUUCCACGGGGGCGAUAUCCGUCGACGUCUGUUGUUCAAAACAGCAGAGCACCGCGGUUACCACAAACCUCCGGUCCAGUUCCUCGCCAGCGUAUGAAGAGGCCCUUGCAACAAACUAUACAACAACAAAAUAACACUUCUGCCAAACAGCAGAGGCGUAUGGAUGUUCUGUUGCCUGAUAGAAACGAAGAUGCAGACUGCCAUGUCAUAGCUCAACAGAAGAGAAAUGACGGACUACCUGUUAUUCAAAAUGUUCAAGGGGCUACCACGCAGCAAACUAGUAGAAACGAUUCUACGAUACAUCUCACAGAUUCAAUCACUUUAAGUGUUCGACAACCUGGUUCCAUCCCAGCUCAAGUCCAAAACACGUCGAACCCGGGGGGAAAGAAAUCCGACGCCAAGGCGGUAGCAAAUGUCCUCGCGGCUCGAGGUAUAACCGUUACUCCAGCUGCAAAUAAAAAUAAGACAAGUGAACAAAACAAACAGCAAAUACCCCCCCAGCAGCAGCAGAGGCCACCACCUUCACAGCCGCCUUUAAAUGUUACAGCGCUCAAUCUGAAUUCUGCUAUUUCUAUCAUACCAACUAGUUCACAAAGAAAGCAACAAGAGCAAGGGCAGUUUGCUGUUCCGCAAAACAAGCAAAACAAAUCGCCAAUCAAUGACCAAGUUGAGCGACCGCCGAGACCACCAACCGUGGAUCUUACGCAGGAUACUCCACCACAAAUGCCAGUGGUUAGGCGUGGUCGGCCACCGAGGGCGUUAUUAACAUGUCAGGUAUGUGAUAAGAAUUUCCAAAAUCAAGAUAUGUUGACGCAGCAUAUGGCGACUCAUCGAACGACUAGCAAACUGCUUCAUAGGUGCAACCUUUGUCCAGCUCAAUAUCCCACAGUUCAGGCAUUGACAACGCACAAACAAACUUAUCACAAGGAAGUCGAUACUGUUGCACAAAAUGGUGGCACGGAAUUGGCGUUGCCAGUUGUGGAUUUAAAGUCGCCCCAUGUCCUGAACCGCCUGGCGAACUUGGGCAUUCAAAGUUAUAUUCCAUUGUCGCAGUUAAGUGCUCAAACCGGUGGUUAUUUCGGCUUGCCGAUAAUCACAAUAGACGGUGCGAGAAAUACGAGCACCUGCAAUCUGGGUGCGCUUGGUGCUACCUCCAUAUUAAGUCUUGGUCCUCUUAAGCAUAUAUCGAACGGGUAACUGCGGGCAAACUCGCACUUGGCCUAUUCCACGUGUGCAAUCUUUGCAUAAUCGCUAAUUAUUAGCCUUGUAUUCAAGUUGAUUUACUUGUUGCUGUAUUGUCAACGACCAUGACACAGGACGCGUUCUUAUUUCUGAAGAGAAAACCGUGAUAUAGUUUAAGUAGAGUCGUCAUAAACGCGACAUUUUAUGUAUAAAGAAUGUGCCAAGGUAUGUUCUUUAUAUAAGAAAUACAUGCGAGAUUCGUGAAUUUUUUUUAUCUUAAUACGGAAAGAAAAUGAUUGACGACUGACUUAGACAUAAAAUUUGUUAAUUUAUAUUUAUAGACUUAAAAGCAAUACAGUAUUCUUCGCAUAAAACUUUUCUGAUUAAAAUUAUACUACAUUUUGAUAAAAUAAGAUUUUAAGACCCAGUUAUAAUCUAGACGGUAACCCUUUUGCUACAACAGAGCAUUGAUCGAGGAAACGUUAUUGUCACAUAGGAAAGCCACAUGUAUAUGCUUGCCGUGGACAGAGUUUGAACUUAUUAUUUAUAACAAUGCGAUAGAUCCAUACAUUAUUUUUAUUUCACUUGUAUAUUUGUUAUUUUUCUUCACUUGUUAUUGCUCUAUAGACAAAUUGAUAUUGCUUUGUAUCCAAAGUAAUCCAACACGUAAAAUGCAUUUCGAAAUUAUUGAAAUUUAUAGUUGCAUAUAUUAUGAUGCAUUCCGAAAAUGUAUUGACUGAAACUCUAUAAUUUACAUAAUAUAUGUGAUAGAAGUUUAAUAAUUACUGUCAAUUCACUUCAAAACGUACCAAAAACGUUUUUAAGAUUUUUUUUAAAUGUCUAAGGUUGAUAUUCGUGGUCGAUUCUGAUAUUAAGAGUUUUAUGUACAAUCUUAAGAUGUUUAAAAUCAUAAGUCGUGUUAGCAACUUAAGACUACUUAAGACCUUAAAUAAUAAUUUAAGAAUCGACUAUGAAUACCUUAGUGUUUUAGACAUAUGUCUGACAGAUAUUCUUGGAAUUUUUAAGACACUUUUUUUUAACACGUUAUCUGGAAACUGAUACUUUUUACCACAAUUUCGUACGCGGCAGAUAUGUAACCAUGCAGUGGCGGUUUGUAUGUAGCAGUAGCGUUAGUACUCGAUGGGUAUGCUUUGUGGCCACCCGUAGCUAAAAGGGUUAGGUGAUGAAGUUGCAUUAUAUAAUUGCAAAAGAAAUUUAAACUAUGAAUUAUUUUGUAUAUUUUUUUUAAUAAAGAUAUCAAAAAUAGAGAAGUUUCUCUGCUAAACUUACAUGUUUCAUGUAUAAAUUAUUUAGCAAAAAGUAACAUAGAAUUUUUCUUUGUUAAUACAAUGCUUUAACUUUAAGAUACAAUAAAAGGUUUUACACAAUUUUCUGUCAUUGAAAAACUAUACGACAGUAUCAAAUAUAAAAAGAUUAAAUUAGGUUGUACUACAUGAAAUCGUUGAUACUCAGUUUUUUGAAAUUGAUAAAUUGAUAAAAUUGAAAUAAAAUAUAUUUCAGGUAAUGUCAUUCAUAGUUUGCAACAGUACUGAGUAUAUGAACUUUAUAAUUUUCUUUGUUUUUAUUUAUCUUUAAUACUUGAGAUGUAAAACGGUUAAUUGAAAUUAGCCCGGUAAUUAUUUCAUCAUUUUUAAAGAAAUUAAUUAGAAGCAAUUAAUUACAAAUAUUAUAUAUUUUUACGUUUCGGCACAAUUUUUUGAUCAUCUUCAAUAGAUUCAGAACGACGAUCAUUCGAGUAUAUAUUAUCAUCACGUUAUUCGAUAAACCAACUCCAAAAUAUAAAGAUUACACGAAAUGUAUUUCACAUGCCUCUCAAAAAUUGCAUUCAAAAAAAUUACAUUUUCAAUUACGAAAUGUAGUCACAAUUUAAAAUCAGAUAAAGUAAUUGUAUACGAAGGCGCUAGUAUCACAGUUACGGCCUAUACUUUCGAACGUCAAAAACCUCAUUCUUUGUAUUUCGGAGAUGAUUCGCCAAAUAACGUGAUGCGAAUAUAACCGAAUGAUCGUUGACUUUACUUAUUGAAAACAGACAAAAAAUUAAACCGAAGCGAAUAAAUAAAUAUACUGUAAUGCUUCAAAUUAAUUUUUUAGAAAACUUCGCAAUAAUUACCGCGCCGAUUCCCAGCUCUUUUACACUUCAACUGUUGAUAAUUUCUAGGAAUUCAUAGAUUUUAAUUUAUUUAUUUUUUUCAUAGAAAUAGGCUGACAAUUUUAAAAAAUUGACAAUAUAAGAUGAAAGAAUUGCGAAUAUUUUUUAUACGGAUUUGAAAUUGCAACAUAAUACAGUUCAAACAUGUAAACAUUGAUGUGAUUCUCGGGAAAGCUCCGUUACUGAAGCUGACUAUUUGACGGUGAUUCGACAAACUUUCUGAAAAUCUAAAUCUUUAAAAUGAAUUUAGAUAAACUCAAAUCCUAAUGCUAAUAAUGCAUAUAUUAAUCAUAACUUGUUUCUAAAAUAUGAUAUUUUUAUUUUGGCUAAUAAAGAACAACAAUUUCUUAUGGUACAAUCUAAUACAUGGUAAAUAUUUUACAUGUGCAAUAUAUGCGAUAAACUAUGCUGAUGUACCUAAUCAGACAGAAUUAUUUUGCGAGAUAACAAAAAAUACUUGAAAAAA